CUUAUCCAUUUGAAAUCAAACGAUCAUCACAGAAAUGGCUCCACUCCUACUUUGGGCACUUUCCUUGUCUUCAUUUCUUCUUCCAUCAUCAGCUUCUACUUCGCCCUGCCAUUUCCCAGCUGUGUACACCUUGGGCGAUUCCAAUUCCGACACCGGCAGCCAACCCGCGGUGUUCGGACGAGUUCCCUCCCCCAACGGCGAGACUUUUUUCGGCAAACCGUCCGGCAGAUACUCCGACGGCCGGCUAGUCAUCGAUUUCUUGGCUGAGAAGCUAGGGCUACCGUACUUGAGUUCCUUCCUGGAUUCCAUAGAAUCUAACUUCAACCACGGCGCCAAUUUCGCUUCAAGCGCAGCCACCAUCCAGCCCGCCAGCGGGAGGAUAUUCGACGCAGGGUUCAGCCCUAUCGAUCUCAAUUUCCAGUUCUUGCAGUUUCAGCAGUUUAAAGAUAGAACCUUUGAGCUGCAGAAACAAGGAAGAGGGAUUGAUCUGCAUCGCUUGCCAGAACCGGAAGGGUUCGGAUCUGCUCUCUACACUCUGGAUUGUGGGCAGAAUGACCUUCAUGUUGGCCUAAUCGAACGGGGCGGCGAGCAAGGUGCUCUUUCUUCCAUCCCUAUGGUCAUCAACAACUUUUCUCUAGCCAUAGAGAACCUGUACAAAGAAGGAGCAAGAACAUUUUGGAUACACAACACAGGUCCAAUCGGCUGCUUGCCAUUCUUCGUCAUUAGGUACCCUCCAAAGCCUGGAAAUGAAGACCCAAUUGGCUGCAUUAACUCCUACAACCAAGUGGCUCAAGAAUUCAACAGACAGCUCAAUGAAACAGUUUACAAGCUGAGAACCCAAUUCCCUGAUGCACUGCUCAUCCUUGUGGACAUCUAUUCUGCAAAGUACUCUCUCAUCAGCCAAGCUACAAAGAACGGGUUUGAAGAUCCACUUGGGUUUUGUUGUGGCCACUUGGGGGAUGACUAUGUGGUCAGGUGUGGGCAGAAGGCUGAGCUGAGGAAUGGAAGUGUUGUGUAUGGAGCUUCUUGCAGAGAUCCUUCAAAGUACAUCAGCUGGGACAAUAUACAUUACACUGAAGCUGCGAAUCGGUGGGUUGCUGACCGGAUUUCCGACGGGUCGCUGUCGGAUCCUGCUGUACCCAUUACUGAAGCUUGUAGAAGAGCUGGGAGGUUACUGUAGUAUUAGGUUUUGGCUAAAGGAGGUUAUACACGGUUAUAAUCAGAGUGGGAUUAGAGAGUAAUUACAUCAAUGAAUACAUAGUUACAUGUAUGCUACUACUAUCUGUCUCCAACACAAUGGACAUUUCGUUGUAUGGAGUGUUGAAAAUUUGGGAAGUUAGAAGUUGCAAGUUUAGAUGGUUUCGGUGUAUAGCGACACUUACAAUGACAAUACGUAAUAUGAUUUUAGUGUUUAUAACAAUUAAUAAUGUUCCAUCCCAAUUUUUAUACACCCAUAAAAGUUCGUUGUAUUUUAUUUGGCAGGUCGACCAACUUAACGUGCCGAUCAAUUGGUUUAGAAGUACACAAUAUUGUUUUUCAGUGAAACACUUGAAAAUCUAUUAAUAAAAACAUUUUAAACGU